AUGAAUAGAUUAUCGCACUACAGCAACGAGGGCCUCUACUACGUCAUUUUGUUCACCCUCAUCUUCCUGCCCUGCAUCGUGAGCUUCAUCUGGCUGAACGCAGUGAUAGCGCGGCAGCUCUGGGUGCGGCGCCACUACCACCAACACCAGCAAGAGCAGCAGCAGCCGGAUCAGGAGGGACAAUUCAAGCCCCUGCCGGCGGCCAGUGAUGGGGAUGUUUUGAUGCACUCUUCCCUGGCGAGUGCGAUGGGCGUGGCCCUGCCAUUUGUCAUCGACAAGCCUCCCCUGCCCUCGAUCCCUCCCGGCCCACAAGCUCCAAGGACCAACAACAUGAAUCAGGAGCCACCGAGUGCCAUGGGACCAGCUGCUCAGGCUCGCGAGGCUCGCCACCGGCGCAUGGUUGUCGUGGUGAUCUUAAUGAUGGCCGUCUUCAUUUGCCUGCGCCUGCCCGCCUGGAUCUUUCUGAUCAUGCGCCUGUACGGCUCCUACUCGGAGCCCGUCGACUGGCUGCUCUACUUCAGUUUUGGUAUCCUGAAUCUCCUCAGCUGCGCCUUGAACCCGCUCUUCUACACCUUCCUCACCCAGACUAUUCGCACUGUAUCCCUGCUGAAGCAGAAGACCAUGAAGACCACCUAA